GAAUGUCCGGAGGAUGAAUUAAGAGUACAAAGUCACAAUGGCAUGGUGUGGAGGAAAGGAAAGCGAGGCUCUUGAGGAGCGGCCUGGUGUUUGUUCUUUGUUCGCUUGACCCGGAGGCCAUCUCAAGGCCUCAUCAAACAACAUGAUGAGCCACACACCCGCCAGGAAGCGUCGUGACGGAACGAGGAAAUCAGAGGCUGAAACCACGGCCCGUCCAGAAUUUGGAUUUAUACAAUGAGUCAUGAUCUGACAAGCCUAUUCCACGGCAAGCUUGCCAUCAAAGCUGCUCAGGCACACCGCAAAGCCCUGCAGAAUUGACAUUGGGUGCUGGACGUCCAUGGUGAAGCGGUUGGCACCGAUGCGACCAAACUGCAAGACAAUGUAUUCCUCAUUGCUCUCGUGCACAAGCUGAAAGUUUUUCACCGAUGCUUCCGUCACACGACCAUGAAAGUUGAGCACGUAAGAGUUGCUCUGUUCGUUCCAAGUGGGCUUUUUGUUGCGAAGGAGCAUGAUGUUUUCCGAAUGGCCAGCUUUGACGCGGCUCAACAUGCCAUCCUCCUCGUUGGUGGGGACGACGGGGAUGGGGGUGGCAUCUUCGCUGCCCAAGGCGGGCAGAUAGACGGUCAUCUUUCGUGG